ACUUCCGGGGCGGUGGAGGGAGAGAGGCUCACUUCCGCUAGCGGCGGAGCAGCAGCUGCGGCGCAGAAGGCCGAGCUGAGGCUCGGGGGCUCUGACGGACGUACGGGCCGGCGGCCGGAAGCCAUGGAGCGCGGCCCCGGGGCCGGGGUGCGCAAGCUGAGGCGGGCUUUUCGGUGCACCACAUGGAGACGCACGGUGGCAAGGCUCCCAAGAGCUCGGCUUGGACCACGAUGGGGCUGGGCAGCGGCCUCCUAACGGGGCUCUCAUCUGGGGUGGUGGCUGGGGGUCGCCCUCCCCCCCGCCCGUGUCUUGGAGCACCCCUCCCCCUCCCUUGCCGAGCGACGCCCACCCUGGUGCCCAGUGCCCGCCAUGAACGGCCUGUCGGUGACCGAGCUCUGCUGUCUAUUCUGCUGCCCACCCUGCCCCGGCCGCAUUGCCGCCAAGCUCGCCUUCUUGCCGCCAGAGCCCACCUACUCGCUGGUGCCCGAGCCCGAGGCUGGGCCUGGCGGGGCUGGGGCUGCCCCCUCAGGGACCCUGCGGGCCUCCGCGGGCACCCCCGGGCGCUGGAAGCUCCACCUGAUGGAGCGCGCUGACUUCCAGUACAGCCAGCGUGAGCUGGACACCGUGGAGGUCUUCCUUACCAAGAGCAGCCGGGGCAACCGCAUUGCCUGUAUGUACGUACGCUGCGUGCCAGGAGCCAGGUACACAGUCCUCUUCUCCCACGGCAACGCCGUGGACCUGGGCCAGAUGAGCAGCUUCUACAUUGGCCUGGGCUCCCGGAUCAACUGCAACAUCUUCUCCUACGACUACUCGGGCUACGGCGUCAGCUCGGGCAGGCCCUCCGAGAAGAACCUCUACGCUGACAUCGAUGCCGCCUGGCAGGCCCUGCGCACCCGGUACGGCAUCAGCCCGGACAGCAUCGUCCUGUACGGGCAGAGCAUCGGCACGGUGCCCACCGUGGACCUAGCCUCGCGCUACGAGUGUGCCGCCGUGGUGCUGCACUCCCCGCUCACCUCGGGCAUGCGUGUCGCCUUCCCCGACACCAAGAAGACCUACUGCUUUGACGCGUUCCCCAACAUCGAGAAGGUGUCCAAGAUCACGUCGCCAGUGCUCAUCAUCCAUGGCACGGAGGAUGAAGUGAUCGACUUCUCGCACGGGCUGGCACUCUACGAGCGCUGUCCCAAGGCCGUGGAGCCGCUGUGGGUAGAGGGCGCCGGGCACAACGACAUUGAGCUCUACAGCCAGUACCUGGAGCGCCUGCGCCGCUUCAUCUCCCAGGAGCUGCCCAGCCAGCGCGCCUAGCCUAGCGGACAAGCUGCACUCGGAGCCGCGCCUGGAGGGACCUGAGCAAUAAGGCGGCUCCCGGAGUUGCCCCGGGGCCGCGCAGGCCCAACUGCUGCAUGUGAACCACCCCAGGCCCCCAGGUGGGCAAGGGGACGGGAACUGCCCUGGCUCAGGAGCUGUGGACGAUGUACAAGCAAGCGACAGAGCCACGCUCUCCUUUCCUUUUGGAAGCAAAACAAACAAAACCGUGAAAACAAAUUAAAGAUUUAAAGUUUUAGGGUU